AUGACAAUAGAUACUGGUAAAUGCAAAAGUGUUCCUUCUAUACAAGAAUUAUUUAAUGCAUGGAAUAGAGAUACUAAUAUUGGUAGUUCUUCGUUUAUGAAACAUAUGCAAUUAUAUGGUUCAAUAAUGAUUCAAGCUUCUGAACUGUUUAAAAUUAUUUGCUUUGUAAAAGAUUAUUUGUACCAUGAUUUAUCCAGAUGUAAUAAAAUUUACAAUGUCGAUUUUUCUGAUUUCAAUAAAUGGUUACAAGAAAAAAUGAAUGAUAAUAUAAGCAAGGCUGAAAAUCCAGAACCCAAAGCAUUAUGGGAAAAAUACAUUGGUACUUUAUUAAAUGAAAUACGAUAUAAAUUGAUGGACAUUAAUGAUUCUUGUAAAACAGGUUCUACUAACGCUGAGUGUCUUCAUUCUAAUUCAUUAAACAUCAUUUUUUCUCUUUGUUUUCCACUGCUAGUGACAGUUGUUCUAACAUUUUAUUUUUUAUUUAAUAAAUUAUUGAGAAAAUAUAUAGAAGAUAGAAAUAGUUUUAGAAAUAGAGAUUAUGUUACAUUAGACUCUGCAAAGAAAAGGAUUAAUAUGCUUUACCUAUUAAGUGAAAAUUCUUAA